UUUUGUUUAAUUCUUGGUAUCUUUGUUGUUCUCUGGAGAAUGGUGUCUGAACCUCAGUUAUCAAUACAACUCCCAGUUUUAGACAUCUUGAAGCCAUUAGAACCAUCUUCCUUGUCUUCCCUAGCUGAAGCCUGCAAAGAAUGGGGAUUUUUCCACAUCAUUAAUCAUGGGAUUUCUAAGGAACAUUACAGCAGAUUAAGAUUAUUGUCCGAACUCAUAUUUGGACUCCCUUCUGAUUCAAAGAUCAAACUCGGUCCUUUCUCACCAGAGAAAACAUAUACUCCUCAUCAUAUAGCUUCCCCAUUCUUUGAAAGCCUUAAGGUUUCUGGUCCUGACUUUGCUGGUUCUGCACAUAUUUCUGCUGAUGUUCUUUUACCCAACAACAACUCUGAGUUCAGUGAAUUAUUGGAGGCAUAUGGGAGCAAAAUGGUGGAUUUGUCUGAGAAAAUCGUUAGAAUUGUGUUGAUGUGCUUGGGUGAUGGAUUUGAGAAGAAGUAUUAUGAUUCCGAGUUCAAGAAUUGCCACGGUUAUCUAAGGAUAAACAACUAUUCGAGUCCCGAGACUUUAUCUGAUGACAUGGAAGUUGAGGGACUCGGGAUGCAUACAGAUAUGAGUUGUGUGACGAUCGUGUAUCAAGAUCACGAGGUGGGUGGUCUUCAAAUGAGGUCGAAACAAGGUAAUUGGAUCGAUAUAUCUCCGUGUGAAGGUACCCUUGUGGUUAACAUUGGUGACAUGCUUCAAGCUUGGAGCAAUGAUAAACUUAGGUCUUCAGAACAUAGAGUGGUGUUAAGGAAAAUGGUGAAUCGUUUCUCACUAGCUUUCUUUUGGUGUUUUGAAGAUGGCAAGAUGAUCUUGGCACCCGAUCAAGUUGUAGGGGAAGAGAAUAAGAGGUUCUAUAAGCCCUUCGUUUGCUCGGAUUAUUUAAGAUUUAGAGAGAGCAAUGAGAAGGGAAGAUUUGAGAAAGUUGGUUUUACUGUUAAAGAUCUUGCUGGAACGGGUAAUUUACAAAUGUAAAAAUUAUGUAAUUCAUCAUUUAUUGUUUGUGAGAAAAUUAUAAUGGUUCGGUUAAUAUGUCUUAGCGAUUAUAGUGGUGGUUGGUUGGAGCCAGACCAUGAGAUGAAUAUGAAGAAAAAAUGGAGGGUUUUGCUUUUGUUGUUGACAUUAUAUUAUUUUAGGAUGGUGGUUGAAUAUUAUAGUUAUAAAUUGACAAGUUGUUCAAUUGA